CCCCUUCCUCGCGCUACCAACACACCUACCUCGCAAUCACCACCUUGUGAUGUUCUCUUUCAAUCAGCAAGGCGGAGGUGGGGCUCAGCAACAACCACAACAGCAGCAGCAGCCAGGGAUGCAACCACAGGGUCAACCUCAGCAAGGGCCUACGUCGUCCUUUGCACUAUCUUCCUCCUUCUCCUCCUUUGGCAACUUCAAUCAGCAACAGCAGCAGCCGCCGCAACAGAGGCCAGCAUUUGGUAGCCCUAUGACGGUACAGGAGCUUGGAAACCAGGGGCAGGGACAGGGUCAACAGCAGCAGCAGCAGCCGGGCCAAGGACAGCCUGGGCAGCAGCACUUUGGAGGGUACGGACAACAGCAAUCCAGCCAAUAUCAGUCUUCGCCUUUUAGUGGCAGUACUCAGCAGCAGCCUCAGCAGCAGCAGAGCUUCGGUUAUGAUCAGUCCCAGUCACAACCACAGUCUCAACACCAGCCAUGGAAUGCCGCUCAGUCCUUCUCAGCUUCGCAAUUUCAGCAGCAGCCGCCCUACGGCCAGUCGCACUCCUCGUCGCCCUUCAACUCAUCCGGCAUGCAGAUGGGCAAUAAUUCUACCUUUGCAGGCCAGGACUCCUCUUAUCACCAGAAUCAGCAGCCCCAGAUGCAGCAGACCACCUACCUGCCUGGCUACCUCUCCCGCAUCAAAGGCUCGGGACACUCCACUAGGCCGUACUCUGCCUCUGCUGCCGCGAGUCGUAGCAACGAUCCACACUCCCCACCGAAAGAAUCGGAUUCUGCUCCUGCCACAAGCGCCACGCCUAAUCAGCACAGCGGCCGAUUGAGCAGAGACGGAUCCAGGUCGUCAGCAGAAGGGCUGGGGCAGCCUACCUCGCCCAUGCAGGGCUUCAGCUCGAGCUUCUUUUCGUCGCCUUCUGGAGUGGAAGGGGGAGGCUCGACACGAGGUGCUCAGUCGGAGAGUAUGUUUGGAGCAGGCGGACUCAGAGGAUCGACAGCCAGAAGAGGCACACCCGGAGGACGAGGCGAUUCGAGGGAUGCGCCUUUCGGUACUCCAGCUAGGGAUCCCCGCUCCUCAAGUCUGCUGCGAGCGUCUAGCGUGGGCAGCCCACCGGGCAAUUCCAGCCUGAACGGAGGAGCAGACGACGAUGAUGCGCCGCCCUUCGAAGCCUUGGCAGACGCAGACGUCUCUCGCCCAGAUUUCGGCAGCAGCUCCUUUGCAAUGGCCGACUCGAGCAUGGGGGGACCAGCCACCAGUACUUCCCCACCCCGAAACGGAGGACUAUAUCCUUCCCCUUCCAUGUCGCAAGUCCUCACACGGCCAUCUUCGACUGGACCUGCUCCUUCGGGAGCAGAUUCGAGCUUGUGCACUCUACUCUUGUACGGCUUCAGCUCCAGCUUGACCUCGACGGUCCUCUCGCACUUUGGUGGAAUCGGGGACAUCGUCUCGUCGUCCUCUCUCGCCCCAUCAUCAGAUGGGUCUGCCUCAUCCGAAUGCCUGCGUGUCGUCUACUCGGCACCUCAAUUUGCUCUGAGAGCUCUGCGGCGCUCAGGUGAGCUGGUAGCUGGAGUAGCCUAUGUGGGAGUGAGGUUCGCAGAUGAAGGUCUGCACCGUGAAGUGCUCUUGAACGGCAUCAACUCCAACAUGCUCCUCUCUGCCGCUGGCGCAUCCUCCUCUGCCUCCUUGGGCCUCUCACCUAGCAAUGCCCCUGCUAUGCCCGUCAGUAACGGAACGACCUCAUCGAGCUCUGCGCUGAGCCGCCCGACGCGUGAGUCUACCCCCUCCUUCGGCAGGCCCAUUAACAUCGUCGACUCUCCCGCUGCCGCCCUUCGAGCGCGGGCCAACCCCAAUGGCGCUCCGGGCAGCUCAUCACCUUUUGGCAAAGUUGGUUCUCUCUUUGGAGCUGGAGUGACGGGUAGUGGUAGUGGUGGAAGUGGAGCUGCGAGUGGGACGGGUACACCGGUGAAGGCAGGAGCGAAUGGAGCGCAGGGACCUGCGACGCCCGGGGGUAGUGUGAUGGGAAGAAUCGGGGAUGCCAUUUUCGGGUGGUAAAGACCAGGCGCAUGGCUGUCACGCUGCAUAUGAAUAGUCUGCACGUAUGCUCAUUCACCAUCAUCAUCGCAUCUGUACUUCUUCUUCUCGCCAAGCUGCUGUUCCUCUCGUGUCUUGCUG